AAUUUUAAACAUGCAUGUAGUUCCUCGUUAUAAAAAUAUUCUGAAAGUGUUCAUUAAAUAUUUAGUAACACCACACAAAGAAAAUUAAAAAAAAUAACGAGAAGUUAAACAUUUCCUAUAAAUAAUUUAAGUCACUUAACCUAAACGUUAUUGUUGCAUUAUUUAAAUGCAUAUUUAAAAUACAAACAUGGAUAUUCCAUUAAUUAAUUGACAAUGCUACAUAAAGAAUUACGUUAUUUUGUUUGUUAGGUGACUCUCAGAUACAAAUUUAGUAUAAAUAUUCUGAGUGCCCUGAAAUCAUUUUAUUAACAAAUAAUAAAUAAAAUUUGCGAUAAAACCAGUUUUAUUAUUUAUAAACACAUUUGACGACGUAAAAUCGGUAACAGGUAAAAACUUUGGAGGAUCAAACCACUGCAGAUUUUGAACACUCACUUUUGAAGUGGAUAAUUUGAAUGAUUUCAAUAAACAGAUUAUUAUUUUGACAUUUGAAUUAUCCAGUCAUUCAAUAUCUUUGAAAUUUUUUGAACUCAGCCAAAUUGUUUCAUAGCUAACACUUGGACAGACUCUAAACAUCUUAAUAAUACAGAAAACGAUUGACUUAUUUAGCUGUAAAUUGUUAGCCACCUUUUCUUGUUUCUCUCGGUCUUGGUAACGCUGAAUUAUAAUUUUUCCUACAGUUUCACCAACCAAUGAUUAAAAAAUUAUCAUAAGCAAAAGACUAAAAGUAAAUAAUAGUUUUAAAUUCACAGAGAAUGCAAUUGAAGACAAUAAAGUAAAUUGUUGCCAUAAUUUUAUCCAUUCAAGCAAUAUAGGCUCAUUUUUGUAGUAUAUUUUAAUAAGUUACUAUAAUUUUAUGCCACAAGUUUUACAAGGAUAAAUAUUCAUACUUGAUACGACUUUAAAACAUUAAUAUUGGCAUAGAUAAACAAUAAUUAUUGAGAUAAUGGGCUCUACUUUUAUAUCACGUAAAUUAUAUAAUGUUUGCGAUGAGACCUGAUCUCGUGACCUUACAUUGAUAAUGGUCUUACCAAUAUUCAUUUCAUAUUCAAUAAACGAAUUCAGUCAAUAACAAAAAGUGUGACAUUUUAGUGAGGAGUUAUUUAAAACAAUACGAAAGUGAUAAAAAGGUGUGAAAAUGCGCAGAAAAUGAUCAUUUGUAUGUUACACAUAUUAUUUAUGUCUGACUUGGCGUGGCAUCUAAGAAUUGGAAUACCAAUAAGCGUAAUAUUAUAUUUGUCUGUUGUUGAGAGGCUACGAAAUGAUUUUGAUCGUGAAUAAAAAGUGUAAUAAAUAACAUCAAACUUGUAACUAGUGUAUUUAUUUAGUUAAUAUAUAUUUUGUUAUAAUUUAUUUAAUUUAUUCUUAAGAAUGUUAUAAUUUUAUAAUGUCAUUUGAAUUUGUAUAUUAAUUUACUUAGAAUCAAUUAAUUAUUUUUGUUGAUAAAUAAGGCGUUUGUGUGAAUUUACCUUAAUCAGGUCAAUCGGAAGCUUCCCAUUGGUCAAGGUUCCACGACUGAUUUAAACGUCAAAUGCCACGAUAUAGGUUAUGCCAUUUAUAAACAAAGAAUAUACAGAUAAAUUACAAUAUAAUUAUAACAAUUAAGUUUAUUGAUAAUUUUAUUUAUACUAUGCUGUUAUUUUCACUUUGUAUAAUUUUACAACUGAUAUCCAUUAAUAAAAUAUUUGGAAGUAGCGUUGAAAACGAAGAUUGUGGCACUUUACAAAAUAAAUUAGCUUCUGGUGCAUCAAAUUUUACAUCAUGUGCAAUUUUAAAUUCCAGACCAAUAACUCUAUGCGAAAUAUGUGUAGAUCAAUACAUGGAAGUCAUUACAACAUACAAAGAGAUGGCUAACUUGAAAAUCAAUGAUACAAGUUGUUUAGAUUACUUUACAAACCAGGAUCGAUUGGGAAUUGUUAAUUCACUCUAUGAGGAUGCCAAAAAUUUGUGGAAUAAAGCUAAAUGUUAUGAAUGCUUCAAUUUUGAAAAUGGUGAGAUGACCAACAAUUUAUCAUCACAAACAGUAAAAUUUCUUACUUAUUAUAAUGAAACAAUGAACUGCAUUAACACUACUGGUCUCCAAAGUAAUAUUACAUCAGUGUGCAAUAACUGCAUGCAGAAAUACAUAACUUUAGAUGAGUAUUACCAAAGUAUAAGCAAUGAAAAUGAACAAAUUGGUGUGUGUAUGGAUAUUGUGGAUUUGAUGAACAAUACACGCAAAUAUUGGAGUGAAAACUGUUGCAAAUUUAGAAAACAUGAUGAGACCAUUUUUCUGGUCUCAGCUGGAGGAGUUUUGUUUUUAACUGUGAUGUUUUAUGCAAUUACACAUUGGUGUGCUGAAAGAAAAAUACCAACAAUUUUGCAACAGCCAAGGUUUGUGGAAUCCCUCAACAACAUGACAACAUAACAUGACUGAAAAUUAUCUACAACUAGGUAUAGAUGUAUAUAGGAUUAUAUAUAUAAGCUGAUAAUAUUAUAGUGCAAAUUAUUCCAAUAAGGAUGGUUUAUAUUAAUAAAAUAUUUUAUUAUUACCAUAA